AUGACGCCCGUCGCCGACACAGAAAUUCCAACAAUCGUAGGUGUCGCCAAGUGGACCUUUGACUGCGCUGCGUUACUUCUCGACGUUCACAACGCUAUGGUGGAACUCGAGGACAAAGACGACGCUAUCAAAUAUGCCACAAUCCUCAGAUUUGAUGGCGAAAUGCGUACUUUGUGUACGGAGAAGCUGCCAAAAUAUCUUCUUCCUCGGUCACUCAGCGACGGCAGUAUGUCUCAGGACCCUGAACUCGACAAGAUGCUUGUGCUCGACGCACUGAGCAGCGGCCUCAACAUAUCCAUGACAGAGCUCCUCAGCAUCCUCGGUCGACAAGCCCCGAUCUCAAACCUUCUUCUCGGACCCGUCAUCAGACCACAGCAAAUCCCCAUGACGGCGGCAUCUCAUCCCGAACCGAGCACGCUUCUACAACAGAAGGCGCCGGCGACGACGGGGGGACAGCACCUGUUGAAGGAGUUCCACAUUGUAUACUGGACCGCUUUGGGUCUCGUCACCCUCAUCGCUAUAGCGGCUAUCUGGACGAAAGCUCACAUGGCGGCGCAAAAGGGUCGGAAGUCGUUCGAGGCCAAGAAACCUAUGUCGGACAACGUGACAGACCUCAAACCUUCCACCAUCCCAAAUCCAUUCUCAAAAUCGUCGCAAGAUAUUCACAUCAAAAUCACCCACGCAGCCGUAACACACGUCGACCUCCUCUACGCCCAAGGCCUGCACCAAAACAACCGCAGACACGUCCAACCGCCCUUCAUCCUAGGCACAGAAUACGCCGGCAUAAUAACCAAUAGCCCCCCUUCCUCUUCCUUCCCGCCCGGCACCCGCGUCUUCGGCGGCGGCCUAGGCGCCUACGCAGAGCAAAUAUGCGUCUCUGAACCCUCUGUCCGCCGCGUCCCCUCGCAAUGGACGAACGCUGAAGCCUGCGCCGUUGGCGCAAGCGGUGCUGUCAGUUACGGCGCUUUGAUAUCAGUUGCGCUUCUCAAAGCCGGAGAAACCGUUCUCGUGCUCGGUGCGAGUGGCGGGUUGGGUGUCAUGGCUGUGCAGAUUGCCAAGGCGGUUGGGGCGAGGGUUGUUGCUGUUGUGGGGAGUGAGGAAAAGGCUGAGGUUGUGAAGAGUGUUGGGGCGGAUGAGGUUGUUGAUUAUGGACAGGAGGGGUGGGAAGCGAGGGUUAAGGCGUUGGGGAAUGGUGGGGAGGGGGUCGAUGUCGUGUAUGAUGGCAUUGGGGCUGUGGAGAGUGGGAUUAGGUGUUUGAGGUAUCGGGGGAGGUUGGUGGUUGUCGGGUUUGCGGCAAGAGGAGGAAAGAUGGAGAACCUGAAGGUCAACAAGAUUCUGCUCAAGGGGGUUGCGGUGUUUGGUUAUCGGUUUGGAGAAGAUGGGAGAAGAGAUCCGCAACGGACUCAAGAUGUGUGGGACGGGUUCAUGAAGUUGGUCGAGGAUGGUAAGAUUCGGCCUGUCAUAUACAAGGAGGAUUACUGGGGGUUGGAGGCGGUUAGUAGAGCGCUGGAGGAUGUAAGGGAGCGGAAAGCUUGGGGAAGGGCUGUGAUAAGGGUAUGCGAAGUAGAAGAGGAUAAGACGGAGCAGAAGGCAAGGUUAUGA